CUUUUGAAGAGCUUGAGAAGGCUGUGAGUAUGGCCCAAAAGACAGAGGAAGCCCGGAAAAAAUUGCAGAUAGAAAUGGAUGAAAAAAUCAAAGCAGUAGAAAAGGCAAGUGAGGAAGAGAGGGUAAAUCUUCAACGAGAGUUAACCAGAGUGAAACAAGAGGUGGUUGAGAUUAUGAAGAAGUCUUUAGAGGAACGUGUUGCUGAACUUGAAAAAUUCCAUAAAAAAGAAAUGGCUACCAAAGAUCAGGAGCUAAAUGAAAGGUUACAGGCCCAAGAAAAGGCAUUCCAAGAGAAGAUGAAAGCAGCUCUUGAAAAAAAUCAGAGUGAAUGUUUAAAAACCCUUCAAGAAAAAGAGCAGCAAGAAUCCCUAGCCUUAGAAGAAUUAGAGCUGCAGAAGAAAGCAAUACAGUCAGAGUGUGAUAAGAAAGUUGAGGAGAUGCAUCAGGAAGUAGAGACUUUAAGAACUAGGAUUCUUGAACUGGAAAGCUCUCUUGCAAAGCAUUCGCAGGAUGACGGAAAGCAGUCGGAGGAGUUAAGUACUAUGAUGGAGUCUGAAAAAAAGCAGCACAACAAGGAAAUCAGUGAUAUCGUUGAAAAGCACAAGAAAGAAAUGGAGAACAUGAAACAGCAGCAGGAAAAGAUUUGGACAGAAAAACUUCAAAACUUAAAGCAACAGCAAGUAAUUGAACUCGAAAAAAUGAGAGAGAAACAAGAACAAGAGAUAGAUAAAAUUUUGAAAGAGAAAGAAACAGUAUUCCGUGCACACAUAGAAGAGAUGAACGAAAAAACAUUAGAAAAACUUGAUGUGAAACAAACAGAACUAGAAGCACUGUCUUCUGAGCUGUCAGAAGCACUGAAAAUACGUCACGAUUUGGAACAAGAGCUUGCAGAAUUGAACAGUAAAGUGUGUGAAACAAAGCAAGAAAUGGAAGGGAAGCUGGAAGAAGAGAGGAAACGGCACAAGGAAGAGGUUGAAACGAUGUUAAAAGAGCACGAAAUGUCUAUUCAAGGUGUUGAAAAGGUACUCAAAGAGGAGCUCAACAAACUCAAGCAGUCAUUGGAGGAGAAAGACAGACAUCUGGAGGAACUAAAAGCACAUGAACAGAAACUGAAGGAAUCUGCAGAAAAAUCUGAAGCUGAACUUCUUCAAGUGUCUGCAAAGCUAGAGGAGCUUUCAGAGUCCCAUCAGAGUACUUCUAAUGAGCAGGCAAAGAUUUAUGAAGAGGAAUUAGCAAAGCUAAAGCAAAAGGUGACAAAUCUUGAAGAUGAAAAAUUGCAACUUAGUGGGCAGCUAGAAAGAACUGAAUCCCAGCUGAACAAAGCCAAGAAUGAUUUAGAAGCACACAUCUCUCAGGUGCAUGACCUGAAGCAGCAUCUGCAAGAGCAAAGCAAUGAAAAUACACAAAAAGUAUCCUCUCUAACACAACAAUUUGAAUGUCAACUAAAGGAUCUACAAAGAGAGGCUGAUGAAACAAAGAGAAGCCUAACUGAGAAAGAAAACGAGAUUGAACACAUGAACAAGUUACAGAGUAAGCAAGUGGAAGAGUUUAAUCAGAAACUGUUAGCCACAGAGGAGAGAAUUAGUGUUUUACAAGGAGAAUAUGAAAGUAAACUGAAAUGUCAGGAGAACAAGAUGGACAAAAUGAAAAGGAAAUCAAAAGAUAUGCAGGAAACUCUCAAAAAGAAACUUGCUGAGCAAGAAGCUAAACUAAAGAAAGAGCUUGAAAACAAGCAGUUGGAGUUGAGUCAGAAAGAGAGCGAAUUCAAUGCUAAGAUGUUGGAAAUGGCACAUGCCAGCUCGGCCGGAAUCAGCGAUGCCGUGUCGAAACUGGAAUCUAAUCAGAAAGAGCAACUGGAGAGUCUUGCUGAGGCUCAUAGGAGGGAGCUGGAAGAAAUUACCCAGAGCUGGGAGAAGAAACUCAAUCAGCAGGUUGAAGAGCUCCAGGAAAAACAUGAAAUGGAACUGCAAGAGAAAGAGCAGGAAGUUGGAGACCUGAAACAGAAACUUGCCACCUUCAGUGCUGAGAAGGAGGGUUCCAGAACAGAAAUAGCCCGGCUGAAGGAAGAGCAGGUGAAGAGCGAGGAGGCCCUGAGGGAGCUGCAAGAACAACUAAGGCAGUCAGUAGCUAAGGUGAACAAUUUGUCAGAUAAGGAAAGUGACCUGAAAACGCAGUUGAAAAAACUGGAAGGUGAUCUUAAUCAAUCCCUGAAAGAGCAGUCGGGACUUCAGGAACAGCUUGAUAAGCAGAAAGCAGUUGAAGAAAAGGACAAAGCCAGAAUUACUGAGCUGGCUGAUACACUGAAAAUACUUGAAGAGAAACUCCAAACUGUGCAGUCUUCUCAGUGUAAAGAUCAUGAAAAUUAUGAGAAAAAAAUAGAGGCAAUUCAGCUAAAGGAAGCCGAGUUCAAAAGGCAGUCAGGAGAACUUGCAGCCCAGUUAGAUGCUUACUGGAAGAACGCUGAAGCUUUGUUGCAAACAAAAAGCAAUGAAUUAAUUGAAAAAUGUAAUGAAAAAAUUGGUGCAGUAACAAGCAGAAUUGCAGAUUGCGAGCGCCGAACUGCAACAGUUAAAGAAGCAAUAUUAGCUAAAACUAGUCAGAUUCCUGAACUAGAAGCUCAACUUAGAGAACUGACAGAGCAUCAUUCUGCUGUAAGUACUUCUUUGCAGGAGUCAAUGCAGGAGCUGCAAGAGAAUAACAAUUUACUUACGUCCAUGAGAGCUCACAUUGAAGGACUUGUAGCAGAAAAGGAGCAAUUGCAAAAAGAGGGAGGGCAUCAGCAGCAAGCAGCAUCUGAAAAAGAAACUUGCAUAACACAGCUGAGGAAAGAGUUGUCUGAAAAUAUCAACGCUGUCACCUCAAUGAGGGAGGAACUCCAGGAGAAAGAAUCUGAGAUCUCUGCUCUCCACAAAACCAUCAAUGACCUUAAUGUUAGACUUGAAAGCACGGUGAGUUUAACGGAGAAGGAAGCAGCUGUGUCUCUGUUAAACAAGCAGCAUCAAGAGGAUCGGUUGCAGUUGUUAAACCAGGUACAGGAGUUAUCCUCCAGAGUUGAGACACUGAGUCAAGAAAAAGCAUCAGCUCUUGGGCAGGUGGAAGAUUGCACGGCCAAGCUGUCGGAGUGGAAGGCGAAAGCACAAACCAGGUUUACACAAAAUCAUGAUACUAUUAAAGAUUUGCAGAGCAAACUUGAAUUAAGCAAUAUUGAAGCCAAUAGAAAAGAUGAAGAGCUAAACAAACUGAAGGAGCAACUGGCUAAACAAAGCAAGAAUCUCGAUAGCUUAAAAAGUGAAUUGGAACAAAAACAGAACAGGAAAGAAAAGCAGGAACGUGAGUUAACAACAAAGUUAAAAAACCAGGCAGCAACAAUUGCUGAACUAGAAGAAAACAUUGCUCGGAAAACUUCAGAAAAUGAUUCCUUGAUGGAGCAACUUAAAAAGUAUAAUGAACAAAAAGACACGGAGCAAAAAGAGAUAGCUUGGCAACUCCAGCAGGCAGAGAAGGUGGCUUUUGAAAAGGAUAAUAGAUUUAAGGAGGCUGAAGAAAAAGCAUUUAAUCUUGAGAAGCAAAUAGGUUCACUGAAAGCUGAAUUUGAAGCAAAGGAGAGAGAAUUUGAUCAACUGAAGUCAGAGAUACUUAAAAGCAAAGAGAAAGAAAUGAAAGAACUAGAAGACAGACUGAAUGCAGAGAACAGCACUAAGCUGACAGAUCUGAAAAAGAAGGCAGAGCAAAAAAUUGGUUCUAUUAAAAAGCAAUUGAUGUCUCAGAUGGAAGAAAAGGAACAGCAAUUUAAGCAAGAUAGAGAAAAACUGUUAAGAGACUUGGAACAGAAAGUGCAGGAGAGAGAGGCCAAAAUUGAAUCCUUAGAAGAAAAGAUUAAGUCAACAAAGGAUUCCACAGAAUUAGAGAAAGAAAUGCUGCAAAGAGUAGAGAGUGUAAAAGCUGCUGUAGAACAAGAAAAAACUAACAUGCUCGAGAGUGUCCAAAAGACAUAUGAAGAGAAAAUGCACAUGUUAGAGAAGGGCUUAACUGAGAAGGAUGAAUUGUUGCAGAAGUAUGAAAAGGAACAAGGAGAGAUUAAUGACUCUCGUCUAGAACUCCAAAACAAACAGGCAGAACUCCUUAAAAAACUCAAAUGUGUUGAGGAAAGCCAUCAGGAGGAGCAGAGUAGGACUGAAAGCCUCAGGAAAGAACUUGAGGAGCAAACAAAAAAAUACUCAUUGCUAGCAGAUGAGCAUGCUCGCUGUGGCAGUGAUUUAGCAAGCACUAGGGAAGAACUAAAAGCUAAAGAACAGAAGCAUCUUGACAUGGAGAAUGUAAUCGGAGAUUUUCAGAAGCAGUUGCAGGAAAAGGAGGCAGUCAGUCAAUCUUUAGAGCAGAAAAUAAAAGAGUUGGAAAGUAAUCUGCUGAAGGAAAAUGAAGUGCAUAAGGUUGAGAUGGAAGAUAUGAGUUCGAGAUAUGAAGAAAAGCUAAAAAGUUUGCAGCAGCUGUUGGGUGAAAGAAGUGAGAGUCUGAAAGCUUUUGAGGAAAAUGCUGAAGAAAAGGCUAAAUCUGGUUUGGAGCUGCAGAAGUUACUGGGUGAUAUGCAGAACCAGCAGAAGGACUUGCAGACCAAACUGGAAGAGACUGAAAGGGAGAAACAGAAACUCCGCAAAGAGGUGAAUAACCUUCAGAAGGACUUGCGUACCCUGAGAAAAGAACAUCAGCAGGAGCUGGACCUAAUAAAGAAGGAGUCCUUAGAAGAAAUGGAGCAGAAAAUCAGAUGUGAACAAGAAGACAUCGAGUUAAAGCACAACUCCACCUUGAAGCAGUUAAUGAGAGAGUUCAAUACCCAGCUGGCUCAAAAAGAAAGAGAACUGGAAACAGCAGUAAAAGAGGCAAUCAGUAAAGCCCAGGAUGUAGAAACUGAACUGGUAGAAAAUCAUCACAUAGAGACAACACAGUUGCAUAAAAAAAUUGCUGAAAAAGAUGAUGAUCUGAAAAGAACUGUGAAAAAAUAUGAAGAAAUA